AUGUCCCAACCGUAUUAUAACCCCCACGGUUAUCCCCCACAGCUCCGUCCCGGUUCCGCCCAGUCUCCAUACCCGCCCUCAUCGCCCGCGCCGCAGCAACAGGGUCAGUACCAGGCCUAUCCGCCAUCCGUUCCGGGCAACAAGCCAGUUCCUGCGCCGUCGCCUCAACCCCAGGCCUAUCCCGGUGCUCGACCCUCCCCCUCGCCCGCGCCGCAAGGAUAUCCCCCGUCUCCCUACAGCCAGGCCCCUCCCCCGCCCCAGGGCUAUCCGCAGGCCCCUCCAUAUGGACAACCUCCCCCGGGACCUCCUCCUUCUCAGCAAUAUGGCGCCCCGGGACAAUAUCCUCCACAGCCUCCCUCUCAUUACCCUCCGCAGCAAGCACCGUACCCUGGCGGUCCUGGCCAGCAGCCGGGGGCCCCCUAUGGUCCUCCCGGGGGAGCCCCUCCGUCCGCUCGGGCAACUGAUCAGCAGAUAGGCGCCUAUCGUCAGCUCCUCAUCGCCACCAUCCAGGAAAACCAGAUCCAAUACUUCUAUCCCCCCGACAAACUCGACAGACUCGUUCAAAACCUCGCCAAUGAGGCUCCCGCCAAGAUCAACAAGCUCUGCCAUGAGUGGAACGUGCCUCAGGAAGUCGCUACCGAUAUUAUCAAGCUCAGCCUCUUCGAUGUCGUCAUCUACGUGGACGACAGUGGUUCGAUUGAAUUCGAGGAACGCGGCAUCAGAAAGGAACAGCUUAAACAGAUUCUCGGGAUCGUUGCGACCGCCGCGUCGACCUUUGACCAGGACGGCAUCUCCGUCCGCUUCAUGAACUCGUCCGAACAGGGUGACGGUAUCCGCAACGCCGGCGACGUGGAGAUGCUUGUGUCGCGCGUUCGCUUCCAGAGCUUGACCCCGCUGGGAACCGGCCUGAAGAACAAGGUGCUGGACCCCAUGGUUGUCGGCCCUGCCAAGGCUGGACGUCUGCAGAAGCCCGUUCUGAUCAUUACCAUCACCGAUGGUCAGCCGGCUGGGGAGCCCAUCGAUACGGUGGCCAACUCGAUCCGCUACGCCGUCGAUGAGGUGUCGCGCACGCCCUGCGGACGCGGCGCCGUGUCCUUCCAGUUCUCGCAGGUGGGCAAUGAUAACAAGGCUCGGGAGUUCCUUCGCUCCCUUGAUGAGGAUCCCAGCAUUGGAAAUUUGAUCGACUGCACAUCCAACUUUGAAGUUGAACAGGACGAAAUGAUGCGCGCCGUGCCUCCUGUUCACUUGACUCGGGAACUUUGGUGUGCGAAACUGAUGCUUGGUGCUAUCGAUCACUCUUAUGAUACGAAGGACGAGAAGGCCGCGGGCCAGGGUGGCCUUCCCCCUGGACCGCCUCCUGGCCAGUACGGCGGGUACAACCAGGGUCCUGGGUAUGGCCAGCCCGGACCGUAUGGCCAGCCUCCUGCUCCCUCCUACGGCCAGCCGGCUCCGUAUAACCCCGGGGGUGCUCCGGGAGGCGGGUAUGGGCAGCCCCAAUACCCGCCUAGCCAGGGCCAUCCUCCGGCGCCCGGUUAUGGGCAGCAGCAGUAUCGUGGAUACGGACCUCCUGGCGGAGCGCCUCCUCCCAGCGGCUACCCGCCCCAGGGAGCGUACGGUCAAGGCCCUCCGCCGCCGCCCCGAUACUAG